AGCGUGGUGUCAGAGGUUGAUCCCCGGCCCGGAUGUUGUCCUGUUAAUAUAUGAGGUGACAGCCUUGCAUAUGGUUUGCGGGUAGUGGAGGCAGCGGCCAAUAUGCAGAUAUCGGCUUCAACGGUGCUUGCUUUGCGCUUGCCACAUCCGGCUCUCUCCCGGGCUACCAAAGGUUUUCGGCCUUUGAUCACGCCUUUUUAAAUAACAUUAGAUCUCCCCCUUUAUGAUUCACGAUCGGCCCUUUGAAGCAUCGCAUACAACGCCGGGGAAAGAGUUGAGUCUACCUCACCAACAACACCUCUUACACAAACAUCCACCGACUCGAACAAUUAGUACUUGGCACCAUAAUACUUGCCUCAUCAUCACUCGCUCUCCGGAAGCCCAUCUGUUACAAAACACACACACGCAAUGGCUAUUCGAGACCACUUUCGCCGGCGCAAGUCUGUCUGCGAUCCCAGUCAAAGUGAGCGGCACAGCUCCACACCACCGAAGUCGCACGCCCUCCGCCUGGCCAAGACAUUCGGCUGGCGCUCAACGAAAGACGAGAAAUCCAAGAAGAAGCCCAUGAAGGAGAAGAGCGACCCGCGCGAGCGGCCCUUCAGCGAAACCAACCUCAGACACCAGGAGAUCCUCAACGGCUUCACCAUGACUUUUGGGAAGAACCACCAGCAGAUGAGCCGCGACCAGCGGUCGAGCUACAUCAGCGUCAACGUCAGUCCUGGCACGUCACGGCAUAACAGUGUGGACGUGGACGACAGCCCUCUCAGAAUGAACCCACUGCCCCGCAAGCGGCAGUGCCGGUCCGUGCCGGAAGAGGACAAGAGAUCCUGAGCGUCGGCGAGGAGCUCCUUUUAUAUCCGGGACUAUUUAGACGAGAGGUUAUUAGUGAGGUCACGUCCGGUAGAUAUGGCAUUGAAGCACAUUUCGGCAUCGACUCGGAGUUUUGGAUUUCUGGGGGGGGGGGCAAAUCGCCCCAUCUCGCCUAUGGUGGGUGAGGCAAAAGUGUGCGAGCAUUGUUAUCCUAAUAAGAAGACUCGAGCCAUAGUUAUUAGGCUGACGAGGAGGCUGUAUGAGCAUAUUGAUAUCACUUAGAUUUACAGAGGCUGCAAGAAGCAGGAUUUAAUACCCC